AUGCCAAGUCUGGAUAAACUGAGAAUCUCGUGGAAUCUACUCCGAAUAUCCAAUCCAAAUCACUCUGCAAAUCACAGAGCAUUAAGAGGCAAAAGACCAAAGACAGAAAUCCAUUCUCUGGCCACUUUCGGAAAUACCAAGGCUCUGUUCCACGGCGACAACAGUGGCUCAGGUGGUCGAGCUGUCACCUUACAAACCUCAGGUGACAUGCUGCCCAAAAGAGAUCAUGAUAAAGAUUUGGAGCUAGACAAGAAAAUAGAGGCUCUACGCAGAAAGAAUGCAGCAUUGAUGAAAAGGUACCAGGAGGUGGAAGAGGACAGGAAAAAGGCAGAGGAGGAGGGCAUGGCGCUGCAGUCUCGCAAAGGCAAAGCGGAUGACCUCUCAAUCACCAUCAGCAAGUCCACCAGCGACAGCCGCGUGGUGACAACAAAGCCCAUCAAUUCUGGGCCAGGACCAGGAGAGGGCAGUGGAGGGGCCAUCUCAAAGUGUGGGCCGAGGGCAAAGGAAGCAGCUGAUGGUGACAAUGCCAGUAAAAAAGUGAAUCCUUUGCCUCUUUCCUCCCAGGGUAAGAGAGUGGUGAUAGAGAAGAGCCCAGAGCCAUCAGACAGUACGACAGAGGAUGAACAGUUGAAGCAUGUGGAGUCAACGAGGGCAAAACCAGCCCACGUGACCAAGAGGGACACAGUGGCUCAGGAUGAGGUCAAAGCAGGUGAAGAGCACAACGAGGAGCAACAGCGACUUUCAGAAGAUUUUCAGGUCAGCACAGACCUCAACAUCCCUACAUCGAAAGAAGAGCAGGAGGAGUAUCUGCGGUGGAAGAAAGAGCGCGAGCAAAUUGACAGAGAGAGAGUCGCACGACAUAAGAACGCCAAGGGCCAGUGGAGACGAGCCUGGGACAUGGACAAGUCUGACAACAUGUUUUCGGACAAAUCUGGAGACUGGAUACCUUCCAGCAGAGGUGGGCGAAAUUCUAGAAGAGGUCAAAACAGGACAAGUUCAGAUUCACAAGGCCAUGUGAGGAGAGGAAAAGCAAAGGAAGCAAAGAAUGUGCAGGCGACGGGCAGCAAAGCAAAAGGCAAAGACCGUCUCACUGGCAGGGCCAGGAGAUGGGAAUCCAACAAGGAUGGAAAUUUACAGGACUCUGAAACAACACUGGAGGAAUUCCUAGAAGAACUUGAUGCUCUCACAGAAUUGGUUGAUCAGAGAAAAGUGGAGGACACAAAAACAAAAGAACCACUUAACCGUGAGCAGGGGAUAAAUGAACAAGAAGCUGUUGCUUCAGAAAUGGACAACAAUAUCACACAUAAGAAAGUAGACUCCUCUGGCCCUAGGGGUUCAGAGAAGAAAGUGCGCUUUUCAGAUGAACUCAAACAAGGGAGUAGAGCCUCCCAAGAGCCUGCCUCUUCUGAAUCACAGAGUCCACAAUCAAUGAAAGGUUCCUCGCCAAAGAAAAAGAAAACGCAAAUGCACAAAGCAAUAGUGGACAGUUGUAUUCAUGAAGAGAGCGGAGGGGAGUCACCAUCAGCCCCUCAUACAGAGCAGCAAGAAAAUGAAUGUACUACAGAAAGCAUCACCUCUCCCUCCGGCAGCUCCACUCAAGCUGAAACCGCCAAUCAGCCUGUAGAAGUUGGGAAGUGCAACAUGACCAGCACAAACACAGAGGAGCUGAUAGACUCUGGCCUGUCAGUCUUGAGCAUGGAGUCUGGAGAACCACACCAAGCACACUCCACCAGCAGUGAUAAGGCAAGAGAGCAUGGGAAAAUAGUUUGAGAGGGACUUUCUGCACAGAUGCGGACACCAAAUCACAGCCUCUGUACCUGGAUGCGGCGGGUCCCUCAUUCUAAGUCACGGAGGAGAGAGCGUUUGGAUGAUGAUGAUUUCACUUCCACUUCCUCUGUUUAAAUAGUCAUGACAUCCAAGCACUUUACACUGAUGUUAUGUGUGUUUUGUGUAUGUUGGUAUGCUGCUUGAGUGCAAUAACACUGAAUGUUUACGUUGGUAUGGACACUUCGAGGUACAAAUCAGGUGGCAAGUGAAUCGUUCAAGUAGCCUUAUGAUUAAUCAACAGCCACAACUGAUUGAAUGCCUGGUUCUGCCUUAGAUUUAGAACAAUUAAGAAAUAUUGUGCAAAAAGUUUAAUUUGGAUUUCCUCAAAAGAUAAUUUUUACUUUGGAGUCACUAGUGCCAUUAUUAUUCAUAUCAAAGUGCGUCAUUUACAGUAAAUAGGCGAGCGCUAAUGCUAAACCACACGCUCUCACUGCAUUAAUGAAGGCAAUCAACAUACUUCAGAGGCUGAUCGAAAAUACCCAGCCUCAAAUCUGUGGUUUGACUAUUUUCCACUGGGAUCCUAUUGCACUUGUUAAUGGAAAUGAUACUGUCAAGACUGAAGAGAAAACUAUUUUAAUAAGCUUACACAUCAGUAUUCAGUCUUUGUGCCUUGCUUUUUAGACACAAGUUUGUUGAGGUAAUAUUUUACAGUCUGAGCAGAGAAGAAAUGUUAUUUAUUUGAAAUUGGUUAUCAAGGGUGAACUGUUACUGUUUUAUUAAUGUAUUGAUAUUUAAUUUAUUGUCCUAACACUAUGUUGUUUUAGCCUUAAAUUUCAACUCUGAUAGGAAGUCUUCAGAGCUCUCGUCCUCAAAUAGCCUGGUAUAGUAAACAGUUCUGUAACUUUAAAUAGUGGCUGUAGACCUUUUCAGCUUGUGAUUAUUUUAAAAUGUAAUCAGGGGUCGAGGAGGAGCGCACAUGACAUGCAAAAGGCUAGUCUGCUGUCACACAGUGGGAUUCUUACUCCACAUUUUAGUUGUAACUUAAAUGGAUUAAAUGUGCCAUCCAGAGGCUCUAAAAUCCUCUUAAUGGCAAGAAGAGGUGGCUGUAGUGUCUUUCUUUUUUACACCCUCUUGUGUAAGAGGUGUGAUUUGCGCCUUCACUUGUUUGUGCAAUUUCAAAAAGCGCACAUUGCCUAAUUUUCUGUAGAACAAUGUAGAA